GAAUUUCAUUCCACCACAUUUCUCCCGGCAAGUUCUAUUAGAUAUGGGGAGUGUAACGUGAUUGGUCGACACCAGGCAGCUGCCACGAACAAAAACAGACCUGCAACCAGCUUUUCCAGAUCAUCAAGAUAUGGGAAAGCCACCUCUAAUUUAUCCUCUCUGGCUUUAUGGUCUCUUGGUAGCUUUCUGAAUUCCUCGGUUAGUCUAAGGCAUUCGUCUAAGUUUUCAGGAGAGACAAAGUCUGAGGCAACUUUGAUUUCUCACUUGGUGUGGGCAGCCAGCAGGUAUGAAAACUGCCUCUCCAAGCUUCUGCUCAAAUGUCCAUGGUUCUAUGCCUGGAAUCAUAAAACGGUAGAAGGUCUGGUCAUGGAUUGGGUGAAUGACCUAAACAUUAGGCCAAGUGCAAAUGCAAACAGACAAAAAUAUUUAGUACACGGCUACAUGUCCAUUCAAAACAAGGAGCUGACAAUUGUUCCAAAAUUACCUGUUCAACUGGACAGCAAUAAGUGUGCCUAAAUGCUUUUGAAUGUUUGAUUAGAUAUUCUUUCAAUUUCGGGACAUCUUCCCGCCUAAAGAUGUCCCACAGAGCGCCACCUCUGUUCUCUAAUGGCUGUCUGUCUUCUUGUUGCUCAUUUUUCUUUGCUCUAUCAUUGCAAGAAUUUUCAUAUUUUAUUUGUGCCCCACUUUCUCGUUCAUCCUGAGCUUUGUGCUUCUCUUUCAAUGAUUCGAUUGCUUGGUAUUGCUCUUCACUGACAGCUACUUCAGCUGUACAUCAAACCAUAACCUGGCAAUUACACAUUGCUUCAUAAUUGGACUAUAUGAUUUCAAGGGGAGGACAUCUCCAGUAUGCCUGACAUGCGGUGAAUAUAUACCAAUCACAAAGUAAAAAACUUGUGAUCCCAUGUCAAGUGUUAACUUUCACAAAGCACACUGCCAAAAGACAUUACGCAAACAUCUUGAGAAUUCAUUU